GCAGCAAGGCUUAUUUCCGGCAACAAAGGGAGGCAGCUAUAAAUAAUGGAGCAGUGACACAGAUCAGACAGACAAACAACAAAGACCUGAAAGUGAACAAGCAGAGACCUGUCUGAUCCCGUGACUGUGCAUUCACCUCUUUAUCUCAAAUCCUGUCACCACCAUGCCUUUCCUAGGGCAAGACUGGAGGUCCCCUGGCCAGAACUGGGUGAAAACAGGGGAUGGCUGGAAAAGGUUUUUGGAUGAACAAAGUAAUUUUGUCAGUGACAUCAACAGCUACUGCAAUGUGGAACUCAAUAAAGAAAACCUUUACAAUAAUCUGAAUUAUGACUUUGCUGCCAAGAAAAGAAGAAAGGACUGUUUAAACAACAACACAAAGAUACAAUAUCAACACCAGGAAAAAUGGAUCUAUGUGCAUAAGGGAAGUACUAAAGAGCGUCAUGGUUACUGUACACUUGGUGAAGCUUUCAAUCGAUUAGAUUUUUCGAGUGCAAUUCAGGAUUCCAGAAGAUUUAACUAUGUUGUCAGAUUGCUGGAGUUGAUUGCAAAGUCCCAGCUCACCUCGUUAAGUGGAAUCGCCCAAAAGAAUUAUAUGAAUAUUUUGGAAAAAGUGGUUCAAAAAGUUCUGAAGGAUCAGCAGAACAUCCGCCUGAUCAAGGAGCUGCUGCAGACUCUCUACUCGUCAUUGUGUACUCUGGUCCAAAGGAUGGGCAAAUCUGUGCUGGUGGGAAACAUUAACUUCUGGGUGUACAGAAUGGAAACCAUUGUAAACUGGCAGCAACAACUGAACAACAUCCAGAUCACCACGCCUGCUGCUAAGGGAAUGACUUUGACCGACUUGCCCUUAUGUCUUCAACUGAACAUCAUGCAGAGGUUAACAGAUGGGCGCGAUAUUGCAUGUCUUGGUCAGGUGUCAUCGGAAUUGAGGGUACUCGGUGAUGACCGCCUGCUGUGGAAAAAGCUGUGCCAGUAUCAUUUUACAGAAAGACAGAUUCGGAAACGAAUAAUAUUGUCUGAUAAGGGGCAGCUGGACUGGAAAAACAUGUAUUUUAAGUUGGUGCGGUGUUACCCAAGGAGAGAACAGUAUGCCAAUACCCUUCAGCUCUGUCGACAUUGUCACAUCCUGUGCUGGAAGGGUACAGAACACCCGUGCACUGCAAAUAAUCCGGAGAGUUUCCUGGUUUCUCUCUCUCCGCAGGAUUUUAUCAACUUGUUUAGGUUCUAAACUUGAUGGAUCUCCUCUUGUGUGGUACUACAUUGGAUUCCUGUGGAUAUACUUUUUCUAGGCUGAUCUUGUUGAUUUUGUAAAUCUUGUAAAUUUCACUAUUGACUUAACUUCUUCAAGAUCAUGCCAUGGUAUGAUCCUUGAGAAGGUUGGCCAUUGAUAGAAGCAUCUGUUGGUGGAAACUUUCUCGAAGAGCACUUGAUGGACAGAAGGCCCUUUUGUGCCAACAAUUGAAGGACAAAGCAUGUGGAAAUAACACAAAAUUUGUGGAUUUUCUAAAAGUGGAUGUUCACCUGGAGUGCAACUUGAUUAGUUAAUUUCAUCAUCGAUAUAGGUUAUUUAUCGAUUUUUAAAGGGACAAAACUUCUCAAGUCUACCUAUUCUUUAAGACACCAUCUACUCCGGUUGACUUUUUUUUUUUCUUAUCUUAUACUCCUAAGUACUUUUAACUGUAGACUUUCUCUUUAUACCGCACUCAUUUCUACCUCUCACUCAGAAAACUAUUAAUUUUAGUCAAAUCUGCCAUAUCUGUAUUUUACUUAGUAGUUUAAGUUACAGAACAAAUCACUUGCACAGAAAUUUAAAUUUUACAUCUGCUUACUUAGAACAAUUCCUUUCUGUGUGGUACUCCUGUGCAAAUAUCUGCAUCAGUGAAGAUGUGGUCCACAACAUCUGGAGUGCCAAAGGUUGCCUAC